GAGUGGCUUUAUCUUUGGCAGAGAACGAUUAAAUAGGAGCCAUCUUAUCAAACAUAUUUAAUAUAAAUUUAUAAUAAAUCGUGCAAAGUUUUCAUGUUUUAAUUAAAAUACCGAUUGAGGUAAUACGAAGUACAAUGGUGGAUAAUAAAUUAGCAGGAUUAACAGAGGAAAAGCUACGUGUUUUAGUAAAACAAUGUAACAAAUGCCCGAAAUGUAAUGAAAUUUGUCUAGAGGAUUUUCCCGUUGUUCAAUGUAGUUUGAACCACAGACUUUGCAAGACGUGCUUUUUGGCUUCCAUAAAUGAUCCUUGCUUCCAGUGCACUAAGGGCAGCAAACCAUCCGCUAAUAAAAAAGAUCGGCCAAAGCAGCCAAAUGCCCCAGACAAUUCUUUCCCGAAGGUAAACUGCAAAUAUGCCAGUGACGGAUGCAAAAUCUCAAAAAAGAAGGACAAAAUUAGAUUUCACGAAUCGGAAUGUGUGUUUCAACCACAAGAAUGUCCUGGAAAAUUCACUGAUUUAUUUAAUUGUAACUGGACCGGUAAUUUCAACGCAAUGCCUAGCCAUUUUGCUGAGAAACAUCCAUUAAAUUGGAACAACAUGAGUUACAAACACGAAGCUUACAUAGUCGCCAACCAGUAUAAAAACUUGCAACUAUUCGAGGCUUUUCACAAACAUUUCAUUUAUGUCUUCAAACAUGUUAAAGAAUCUAACAAAGCUUAUUUCUAUAUAGCUUUAUUAGGCUCCGAAGAAAACGCUAAAAAAUUUUGCUUUGAAAUGGAAUUUUUUGUCCCUGAUGACCCAGUGAGCUUAUUGAAAUUUCGGGAAGUUUGUGUAACAGCAAACACUCCGGUGAAAGAUAUUAUUGAUAAAGAAAAAUGUGUUGUUUUAUCUGAUGCGUUACGUUUAAGAUACACACAUAAGAAUAAAUUGUAUUAUAGAUUUUGGGUUAAAACCACUGAAGUGUUUUCUAAUAAGGCAGCUCCGGCACCGACAACAAAACCUAAACUAAAAGAAGUAGACUGAACAUUUAUGAUAAUUUUAUUACAUUUUUCAUUUUAGGCUUGU